ACACAGUUCAAAGCAACAUCAAAUUUUGUAGAAUAAUAAUAAUGUGUAUUUAAGUGCGUUCAUUCAGGCCAAUAAAGUGCAAUUUUUGUAUAAAAGACGAUUUGAAUAGUGACAAUAAGUGUAAAUAAAAUAUGAAUCAAAAAAUAGUCUUAACGGUUCUCAUAGCCGUGGCGUGUGUGAGCGGAACACCUUCGGAGUCACGCGAAAAGCGUAGUAAUAGUUGGUGGCCAUCAUUCUUAGGUGGUGGAAGUACUCCAUCAGCAGAGGAAACGGUUGAAACAGCUGACGAAUCGGUUCCAUAUGUAAUUGAUAAUCGCAUCCAAAGUGGAAAUCUUCCACAACUUCAACCCGGUUCAAUUGGACAAAUUAUCGGCAAAGGCAAAGUUGUUGGAAAUAAAAUUGUUUAUCCAGUUUGGCGCGUGCAUAAAUAUCAAGGAGUUCAUGUUCAGCCUCUUCCAUAUGUUCUUGAAGAAGAUGUUACGGGACUAUCACUUUCGUCACCUGACUCACGUUUGCCAUCUUCAACUCCAAAUGUUGAAAAUUGGCUGACGCCAGAAUUGAUACAAAUGGCACGUGAAUUUGGUGUAACUGAUUUUUCAAAACUACCUAGCCUCGAAGAUACCAUGAACUUACUGGGAACAACAACAAAAGAGGAAACUAUCGAAAACAUCAAAGAAUUUGCAAAAGAUGAAAGUGGUCGCCAAUUGAUUCGUGAUUUUGUCGAAGGUGAAAAUGCUCAGGACAAUGAAGUGGCCGCAUCAGAAAAUAUCGAAAAUGUUGAUAAUAACGAAAAUGUGGAUGAAUUGAAUGCAGAUAGCACUGCAAUUAUUAAUCAAUAUGCAUUGGCGCCAAAUCAAUUGAUUCCACAGCUUGCAACAUUGGGAACAGCAUCAGCUCAAACUGAAGAGCGAUCCGAAGCAGAAAAUCCAGACGCUGUUGAAACAACAACACCAGUUUCUUUCUUUUCACGUGUUGGGCAAUGGGUUAACUUUUUGAAUCCAUUGGCUAAUCGCGAGGAAAUUCCUAUUCCACCAAGUGCAAAUGAAAUCGGCGAAACUGCAGAGGAUGCUUCAGACACAAAAAUCCAGUCCAAAGAUUCAAGUCAACAAACUAUACCGAUUCCAGAAUUGCCGUCAUUGGCGCCACUGCCAACAAUCCCAGGAGCCGAACUACCACCACCAGCUCUGCCAACCGCUCAUAUUCCAGCAUAUGUUAUUCCAAAUUAUUCAAAAGCUAAUAACGGGCAAUACGUUCGUGUGAAAUUACCUUUGACUGGAUUUAAUCCAACACCACAAUACACCAUCGAUCCAAAGUACUUGAAUUACGCACAAGAUCAAUUGACACAACAAGACAUUCUAAUCACACACGUACAACCAAGGCACUAUUAUCAUCAACUUGAAGCCAGUGCUCAACCCACAUCGACGCAAGUUGAGGUAAACCAACCAAAACUUACAACGAGUGAGCCCACCACUAAAGUGACCAUAAAUCAACCAACUGACUUCAAUAAACAAAUCUAUAAUACAUCAAAAAUUUCGAGUCCAAAAGAAUCGCCAACUGAAGCUCCAAAGUUAUUUUCACAAUCUGGCGUGGUCGCAAGUGUUCCAUCACAACAAAAUCGUGUUCAAGAAUUACCAAACAAUGAACCACAACAAUUUCGAGCUGGUGUACAAUCAAAUAUCGGUACGUUUCCAUUGGAACAGAAGGCCAAUUACGAAGUAUUCAAAAAUGCGCCAAAAAUUGCAAAUUCUUAUGGUGCACCAGCUUUGACAAAUGCAUUUGAAACUCCGCCAAAUGGCUACUGGGUGGCACCGGAAUCAAAAGUAGUUCAUAUCUAUCAAAAAUAUGAAUUUAAACCGGCUGCUUCUGAAAUAGUUGAACGAAGAAUCAAAGUAAAUGAAGGUGAAGAACCAGAAGCUGAAAAUGAUACCAAGGAAGAGCCCGUUGAUGAAGCAGCUGAAGAAAGUGUAAAAGUCAAAGACGUUGAAACUGCUGUCCAUUUAACUAAUAACGACAAAAUCACACCUGAUGCAAACCGCAGCACUGAGAAUUAUCAACCGGACCAAACAAAGGUAAAUGUUAUUGUGAAUACCACUUCUUCUGAAAUAGAUGAAAAGGAAAAAGUAGAAGUAGGAGAAAAAAAGGAAGAAAAGAUAAACGCAAAAUAUGAACCAUCUGUAGAAAAAAAACCAACAAUUGAAGCCUCAGCUCACCGCAAGUUGCGGAAAAGUUCCAGAGUUAUGAAAACGUCAACAGAAAAACAGCCGAUCAUUACACACGUUCAACGCAUAGCACCACAGAAUGUAGACAAUAUUGCUGCAGAGCGAAUCCAUCGAGCUGAUCCAAUGGCCGUAGAAAUGCUCCCAUUUACAUUGCGAAGUUUGGGAACAGAUGGUAGAUCGUAAAAGAAGCAAUUGCUAAUAACAGCAAUACAUAACGGUAGCUGAGCAACUGUCAUCUUUAUGACAUGAUGCGCAUGUUAAAUCUAAGUAAACUUUUCAAUUUUAUUUAUUUUAUUUAUACUUACACGCACAAAUAUUUAAAAAAAACUCUGUAUUUAUUGUGAAAAACAU